UUCACGCACGAAACACCCUUACAUUCAAACUACAAAUCCCAUACACGCUCGCUCGACUCGGCGUUGUAAACGUCGUGAAUGUGUAAUUGAGCUCGUUUGACUGGCUGCUUCUAAAUGUGCUUUUUGAAAGGUGGGGGCGAGAUCCGUCAGUGUCGGUGAAGUGUUCGCCGCCGGGAUGUGUGAACAUUAACGGAGGAAGUAGGAAAUUAACCGGCUGGCCAGCAGCAGGAGGACAAGUGGGGUCACGACAUGGCGGAAGACGACGAUUAGAAGAGGAAAUUCAACAACAUAAGUGACUGCGAGAGGGACAUUCUCUCAUCUCUUCAACUAAACCACCUCCGGAAGAAUGGUGACCUGCCGAAGGUCCGAGGCGGCUUGAUUCUGUUUUUUUUAUUGACGCACAGGAGAAAGAGCCACGCUUCAUUCUUUUGUUUCUUAUUUUCACGUGGAGGAACUUUUUAAUGCCUUUUUAAUGAUUCGAGACUUGAGCAAGAUGUACCCUCCGGCGCGGCACCCGGUCGUGCACCAGCCUGGACAGCCGUUUAAGUUCACUGUGUCCGAGUCCUGCGAUCGCAUCAAGGAGGAGUUCCAGUUUCUGCAGGCACAGUAUCACAGUCUGAAAAUGGAGUGUGAGAAACUAGCAGGUGAGAAGACGGAGAUGCAGAGACACUACGUCAUGUACUACGAAAUGUCGUAUGGACUUAACAUCGAGAUGCACAAACAGGCGGAGAUUGUCAAGCGGCUGAACGCAAUCUGCGCCCAAGUCAUCCCCUUCCUCUCUCAAGAGCAUCAGCAGCAGGUGGUGCAAGCAGUGGAGAGGGCCAAGCAGGUCACCAUGGCUGAACUCAACGCUAUCAUUGGACAGCAACAGCUCCAAGCUCAGCACCUCUCCCACAGCCACGCCAUCCCUGUCCCGCUCACGCCUCACCCAGCAGGUCUUCAGCCCCCCCUGGGCCCUGGCGCCGGUACUGCCAGCCUGCUGGCGCUCUCCUCUGCCCUGGGUCAUCAGCUGCCCCUCAAAGACGAGAGGAAACACCAGGACAGCGCCGAAGAACACCCAAGAGAGAGAGACUCAACUAAGAGCUCAUCCGAGUCACCGUCAGCCACUUUUCGGACUGGAGAGAAGCACAGAGGCUCGGGCGAUUACACCACGGACAGCAAGAAGCAGAAGACAGACGAUAAAGAGUCACGCUACGAGAGUGACGGAGAGAAGAGCGAUGACAACUUGGUAGUGGACGUCUCCAAUGAGGAUCCAGCGACUCCCAGAGGAAGUCCCGCCCACUCUCCCCGGGAGAACGGUUUGGACAAAAGUCGCCUGCCGAAGAAGGACGCACCCUUGAGUCCCUCCUCCGUCGCUUCCUCCAGCAGCACACCUUCAUCCAAGUCCAAAGAGAUUAAUUUGAAUGAAAAAUCCACAACACCCGUUUCCAAGUCCAGCACUCCCACCUCGCGCUCUGAUGCGCCCACGCCCAGCAGUGCCACUACUACCCCGGGCCUGAGGGCUGCCCCCAGUAAGUCAUCAGGAGUGGAGACACUAGCCCCUGGUCUCCGCACACCUCUGGCGGUGCCGUGUUCGUACCCUGGUCCAUUUGGAAUCGUCCCUCACCUGGGCAUGAACGGUGAGCUGAGCGGAGCGGGCGCCGCCUACAGCGGCUUGCAUAACAUGAGCACGGUGGCCGCAGCAGCUGUCGCCGCUUACGGACGCACACAAGUGGUUGGGUUUGAUCCUCACCACCACAUACGUGUCCCUGGUCUUCCUCCUAACCUGUCAGGCAUUCCAGGCGGAAAACCAGCCUACUCCUUUCACGUGAGCGCUGACGGACAGAUGCAGCCAGUUCCUUUCCCUCCUGACGCGCUGAUCGGGCCUGCGAUCCCACGCCACGCACGGCAGAUCAAUACUCUCAAUCACGGGGAGGUGGUGUGCGCCGUGACUAUCAGCAACCCAACGCGUCAUGUUUACACCGGCGGCAAGGGCUGCGUGAAGGUGUGGGACAUCAGUCACCCUGGAAACAAGACCUCCGUGUCCCAACUGGACUGCCUGAAUAGAGACAACUACAUCCGCUCGUGUCGACUGCUUCCUGACGGACGGACGCUCAUCGUCGGAGGCGAGGCGAGCACUUUGUCAAUAUGGGACUUGGCCACGCCGACGCCUCGGAUCAAGGCAGAACUGACCUCGUCGGCUCCUGCGUGUUACGCGCUAGCCAUUAGUCCCGAUUCCAAAGUGUGCUUUUCCUGCUGUUCUGAUGGAAACAUAGCCGUGUGGGAUCUUCACAACCAGACUCUGGUGAGGCAGUUCCAGGGCCACACGGACGGAGCGAGCUGCAUAGACAUCUCCAAUGAUGGCACCAAGCUUUGGACGGGAGGUCUGGACAACACCGUCCGCUCCUGGGAUCUCCGAGAGGGCCGGCAGCUGCAGCAGCAUGACUUCACCUCACAGAUCUUUUCGCUGGGCUACUGUCCAACUGGCGAGUGGUUGGCGGUGGGGAUGGAGAACAGCAACGUGGAGGUCCUGCACGUCUCCAAACCUGACAAGUACCAGCUUCACCUUCAUGAAAGCUGCGUGCUGUCGCUUCGUUUUGCUCACUGCGGAAAGUGGUUCGUCAGCACAGGAAAAGACAAUCUGCUUAACGCAUGGAGAACCCCGUAUGGAGCCAGCAUAUUCCAGUCCAAGGAGUCUUCGUCAGUGCUGAGCUGCGACAUCUCCGUGGAUGACAAGUACAUCGUGACGGGCUCGGGAGACAAGAAAGCCACUGUCUAUGAGGUCAUAUACUAAGGGAGGGGGCGAAGUCAUCCCAUCCAAGGCACUGUUCAAUACCGUAUUUAAGUACUUUUUUUAAAAGCUGCUCCUCACCAAGCAGCAAUGUUUUGUUUAUUUAACGAGUGAAUGUCAAUAUCCACUGAGCAAAUAUUGUUAACUUAUUUUCCAAACUCUGCUUUUUGAAUUCCUGAAAGUGCGGCCUGUUUGUUUGUUGCGUUCUUGCCUUUUCUCGCUUGAAGGAGGCAAACAUCAACAUAAACAAAUAUAAAUACACACAGAUGACCUGUU